AUGUGCAACGUGCAGCAAUCAGAAUCGGGACUGCGUAUAUCAUCUGGAGGCACCAAGGAAGAGGUCAAGGAACUCCAGCGCGAGAAGUCUAGCUUGUUGGCUUUCAUUAGACGGCUCAAGCUCGCUACUCCAGAACAGCGAGAAGCCAUGUUAGCCGCAACCCCAAUUGAUCAUCCUAAAGAGGAGGGACGGCAAUGGGAAUGUCAGGACGAGAAGGGGAUUGCCCCUGAGCCCGAAGAAACAUCGGGUCCAGUUCCUAGACAAGGCAGUGAACAAUUUGACAUGGAUUCCGAAGACGAAGAUAUCGACAUCGCACCUUUCAUUUCAAUUGAUGAAUCCGGGAAACCUGGGAACUUCGGUCCAUCGUCAGCCCUAUAUGUUCCAAAUCAGAGUGAACAAGUAUCGCCCCCAGCAUCCAAUCAGACCUUCGAACAUAGAAGAAACACCCUCAUAGCGAACGCAGCUCUACAGCGCCAAUCUGAACAUUACCUUUCUUUGUCUCCGAGUAUUGGCGGCGCGCCAACUGAAGUCGCGCUUCAUCUGUUAAAUGUGCAUUGGACGCGGCAGCACCACACAUUCCUCCUCACCUACCGACCAGCCAUCAUUCGUGAUCUGCAGCAGAAUGGUCCCUAUUGUUCAGAGCUAUUGCUGAAUGCAAUUUUUGCCUGCUCGAACAAAUUCUCCGAUGUCUUCCAGCAGGAGAACCACUUUUUCCUUCGAUGCGAAAGUUUCUUGACAGCGAAGGGGGUAAUAAUGAAGCCCACAAUACCCACUUUAGUUGCUCUUCUGCUAUUAGGGUCGACAUGUGUUGCAAAAGGCGAAACAUCAAAGGGGUGGCUAUUCACUGGUUACGCUCUGCGAAUGGUGUACGACCUAGGGCUGAACAUCGACCCCCGCGAAACCACCGACAAUAGCGAAGAGAUCGAAAUCCGCAGGCGCGUCUUUUGGGGGGCUUACGUCUGCGACAAAUUACAGAGUCUCUAUCUUGGCCGCCCUGUGGCAAUCAAUACACGAGAUCAUCGUGUCUCGCGUGAACUGUUCGAUACAUUCGAAGAAAAAGAGCUGUUCCUAUCCACUGCACCGCGCCCUUCCCCCAUCUACUCAGUCUCCACAUUUCAACAGCUAUGCUUGCUGUCAAAGAUCAUGACGUUAAUCAUCAAUCGCUUCUACGUGGUGGGGGCUUCGUUCGCCAAUGCAAGGUCAAACCUGCAACUCGUCGACAAUGCCCUAAACAAAUGGAAGCAAAACUUGCCCGAGGAGUUGAAUUUCACUCCUCCGGCCGAGUCCCCCAUGCAAUAUCCUUCGCCUAACGUCAUGGUUCUGCAUGCGAUCUAUUACUCCCUCGUAAUCCUCCUCCAUCGCCCAUUCAUAUCUGAUGGACAUCUGCGAUCUGCAACAACACCCCAACACUCAUGGGAGAAAUGUAGUUCUGCUGCACAGAUGAUUUCGUCCAUUGCGGAGACUUACAGAUUAGCAUACGGUCUCCCCAAGGCUCCCUAUAUUCUCAGUUACGCCAUUUACGUCGCCAGUACUAUUCACGUUCGGAAUGCCGCAGGCGACGGAGCCAGCAUUGUGGAGCACAAGUGCUUGCUCAUUUCAUGUCUUGAAUAUUUGAGCUUAAUGUCUCAAACGAAUCCUGGAGUCGACAGACCACUGAGUAUCAUCAAACAACUCAUAAUGGUCAACGAUAUUGAUCUUGACAGAGGUAGGGCACUUCGCAGUAUAGCUGUUCAGCUUUGA